CGCAUGAGUGGCUCGCGUGAGAUCCAUCGAUGCGUGGUCUCACAGUCAUGCCAUGCCAUCGGCGUUGCUGAGGAUCGCAUUCACACAAUUCGCAUCCACGCUUCGCGCUUCACCUCCAAACACGUUGUCCCCGCUGAGCAUCGUCCCUCCACCCUUGGUCACCCUGCUGGUACGCACAUCACUGCUUCUGGCCCGACCCUUUCUCACAUGCUCGCGCAGAGAUCCAUCUGCAGUGCUCAGCGUUUGAUUCCUCUCGUCCCACGCGCACCUCCUAGCCAUCCCACAGCCACUUCCUCAGCUCGUCUUCUCUCCACUGAUUUCUCGCGAAACUCACACCGACACGCAGCUUGCCUCGAAACGCCUCGACCACAAGGCCAACACAAGCACAGCACGCUCAAGCCGCUUUCGCUUCGCCAGAGACCCAUCACCACCUCCGUCUCGCAUUGUCAAGAGAGAGUUCCUUCGAGCAAGAUGCCAGAGACGGUCAAUUUCCCCUCGUCGGGCAAAGCCCUCGUGUCCAUCGAGACGAUUUCGCAAACUCCGCGAAUCUGGGUGUUGCACAUGCUGGCAGCCGAAACGCCAGACAAUCGCUUGACUCGCAAUUUCCUGACCGCCUUGGCCUCAGCUUUGGAUCACGUCCAAUCUCAAUGGGAGAGCAUUGCGGGGGAAGAAGCUGGCUCGAAAGGUGCUGCGUUGAUCAGUACGAGCGUGUUGGAUGAAAAGAAUAAGAGCAGUCGUUUCUUCAGCAAUGGACUCGACUUUGAGGCUGCCAUUGCCGACGAACACUUUUUCGAUCAGUGCCUCAUGCCAGUCUAUGAGAGGCUCCUCUCUUUUCCCAUUCCUACGGUAGCCAGCGUUGGUGGACACGCGUUCGCCGCUGGAUUUGGGCUCAUCUCUGCCCACGACUAUCGAGUCAUGUCUGGUAUCAAAGGGUACGCGUGCAUGAAUGAGAUUGACUUUGGAGCCCAGCUGCCUCCUGGUCUUCAUGCCGUUCUUCGAGCCAAGUUCCACAGCCCCGCCGUCAUGCGAAAGAUGGUGUUGGAGGGUCACCGCUUCACAGGUCAGGAAUUGAAAGCUCUAGAAUUCGUCGAUGAGCUCGUACCUCCGCCUGGAGGAAGUGGCGGUCCACAACAAACGCUGGAGGGCGCUGUCCAGCUGGCUCACAAGGUUGCACCGAAAGCUACAAAGGACGCGUAUGGCAGCAACAAGCUUGUCAUGUACCAGCCCUUCUUGCACAUCCUCCGGCAACCCAAUUCGGACAUCACGGGCGCACUCACAGAUGGGUCCAAGCUUUAGUCUCACAAAUUCGGGAAAAUUCAGAGAAGGUGACGAAUUGCAUGCAGGCUCUAUACUUUAGUCUCUUGAAUGUAAUGCUACAAAGCUCACUCGGUGAUGCUUGAGACACUGAUCAUUGUCCCGG